CCCCCCCCAAAGCAAGCCUUCGUACAAAACAUUCCCUGGGUGGAUAGACUCGAGGCUCGCGACGUUGCCUCUUAACCACCACAACCACCCAUCGAGAAACACUUCCCAUAUCUAGUCGAUAAGCAACCAUGUCCGCCCCACAGCCGACCAGUGAGAGCAUAUCGUCGUUUGGCGUUGCUCGUUCCACCGUCCAAGGCGAGCCCUUGAGUAAGGAAGAGCUCCGUCUGACAGAUGCGUACAUGCGUGCAUCCCUCUACCUAUGUCUCGGUAUGCUGUAUAUGCGCAAGAAUCCUCUCUUGCGUGAACCUCUUCGCGUCGAGCACCUCAAGGCCCGUUUGUUGGGUCACUGGGGUUCCGAUGCCGGCCAGCUGUUUACAUAUAUUCACACCAACCGCCUUAUCAAGAAGUACGACCUGGAUGCUCUGUUCGUCUCCGGCCCCGGUCAUGGUGCGCCAUCCGUCUUGUCCCAGGCAUAUCUAGAAGGUACCUACUCCGAGGUCUACCCCGAUAUCACCCAGGAUGUCGCCGGUCUUCAGCGCUUCUUCAAGCAGUUCUCUUUCCCCGGCGGCAUCGGCUCGCAUGCGACGCCCGAGACGCCAGGCUCCCUGCACGAGGGUGGUGAGCUCGGAUACUCCAUCUCCCAUGCUUUUGGCGCAGUGUUCGACAACCCUAACCUUAUCACCAUUUGCAUGGUCGGUGACGGUGAGGCAGAGACUGGUCCCCUUGCCACCUCGUGGCAUUCGACCAAGUUCCUCAACCCCAUCACCGAUGGUGCUGUCAUUCCCGUGCUCCACUUGAACGGGUACAAGAUCAACAACCCGACUGUUCUCGCUCGUGUGAGUCACGAUGAGCUCCAAAGGCUCUUCGAGGGUUACGGCUGGACGCCCUACUUCGUUGAAGGCUCUGAUCUCCCCUCCAUGCAUCAAGCGAUGGCAGCGACGAUGGAGCACUGUAUCCUUGAGAUCCGCAAGUACCAGCAACAGGCGCGUUCGUCUGGCAAGGCAUUCCGCCCACGCUGGCCUAUGAUCGUCCUCCGCUCCCCCAAGGGCUGGACUGCUCCUCGCAAGGUCGAUGGGCAUUAUCUUGAGGGCUUUUGGCGUGCCCACCAGAUUCCCCUUGCCGAUGUCGCAACCAACCCCGAGCACCUUGUGCUACUCGAGAACUGGAUGAAGAGCUACAAGCCUGAUGAGCUCUUUGACACGAGUGGCAAGCUUAUUCCUGAGCUCCUCGACCUGCCGCCGAAGGGUGUGCACCGUAUGAGCGCUAAUCCAGUAUCAAAUGGUGGGCUAGUUCGCAAGCCGCUGCACCUGCCCGACUUCCGCGAAUAUGGUAUCAAGGUCACCUCCGCCGGCCGGGACGACGCGUUCAGCAUGAACAACAUGGCGAACUGGAUGCGUGACGUCAUCGCUAAGAACCCCAACAACUUCCGUCUCUUCGGGCCGGACGAGACCGAGUCCAACAAACUUGGUGAGAUCUACAAGGCCGGCAAGAAGGUCUGGAUGGGUGACUACUUCGAGGAGGAUGCGGAUGGUGGAAACCUUGCUUUCGCUGGCCGUGUGAUGGAGAUCCUCUCUGAGCACACCUGCGAGGGCUGGCUUGAGGGCUACGUCCUCUCUGGCCGCCAUGGUCUGCUUAACUCUUAUGAGCCCUUCAUCCACAUUAUCGACUCGAUGGUCAACCAGCAUUGCAAGUGGAUCGAGAAGUGCCUCGAUGUCGAGUGGCGCACCAAGGUCUCUUCCCUCAAUAUCCUUCUGACCGCUACCGUUUGGCGCCAAGAUCAUAACGGUUUCACUCACCAAGAUCCUGGCUUCCUCGAUGUCGUUGCUAACAAGAGCCCGGAUGUCGUCCGCAUCUACCUGCCUCCUGAUGGAAAUUGCCUGUUGUCCGUCAUGGACCACUGCCUGAAGAGCGUCAACUACGUUAACGUCAUCGUCGCUGACAAGCAGAACCAUCUCCAGUUCAUGGAUAUGGAGGAUGCUGUCGCACACUGCACCAAGGGUGUUGGUAUCUGGGACUGGGCUUCGAACGAUGCCGAUGGCGAACCCGAUGUCGUCAUGGCUUCCUGCGGUGAUGUCUCUACCGCCGAGGCCCUCGCGGCCACUGCGCUCCUGCGCGAGUACCUGCCAGACGUCAAGGUCCGCUUCGUCAACGUUGUGGACAUCUUCAAGCUCAUCAGCAGCGGUGAUCACCCUCACGGCAUGACCGACAAAGAGUACACCGCUAUCUUCACGGACGACAAGCCCAUCAUCUUCAACUUCCACUCCUACCCCUGGCUGAUCCACCGUAUGACCUACAAGCGUCCCGGUAACCUCAACCUCCACGUCCGUGGCUACAAGGAGAAGGGUAACAUCGAUACCCCGCUCGAGCUCGCCAUCCGCAACCAGACCGAUCGGUUCUCGCUCGCGAUGGACGCGAUCGAUCGCAUGCCCACGCUGCACAACAAGGGCUCUGCGACGCGCGAGCACCUCCUCAACAUGCAGAUCAAGGCACAGAACGAGGCCUUUGAGCACGGCAUCGACCCUGAGUGGGUGAGGAACUGGAAGUGGCCGUUCGGCAAGACUGUCACUGGUACUGUUGCCGGUGCUGUCAGCGGCCUUCUUGGCCCUAGGGGACAGAAGGAGUUUGCCACCUCUGAGUAAGAGCUGUGUAUCUGCCUUUCCUUUCCUUUUCUUUCCUUUCCAUUUCAUGAUUCUCAACUUUUUGUGACGAGUACCACGCCUGAAGAAAAAAAAAGAAGACAACACCCUUGGGGUGAUAUGUAGAAUCGAUGCUUUUCGAUGCCCCUUUUUUGCUCCCCGACUUUCCUGCUACUUUUUCCUGUUGUGAACAAUCAUAGCGACUACCGACUGCUGAGCUGUUUGUGCAAGCAAAAUCCACUACUGAAAGAAUUGUAACACGUACUGCAAGUGAUCAAUCAAACGAGAAGUUUUC